UAAUCCAAAACUCAUCAGUUUUGUUUUACUCGUUUGAUUUUGUUUUUUUCUUUUUUUUCGAGACAAAUUCAUUUUUUCAAACAAAACAAUUUCAAAAUGAUGUCAUUUGGAGCUUCAAGAUUAUUGUCCCGUUUACGUAUAGUUCGUGCGAGCCGACGAAACAUGUCCAGUCAUGAUGUACCAGAACAAUAUCGUCAUUGGGUUCGACCAAAUAUGGAUAAUGGUUAUCCUGUACCGAGUCAACUUUAUUCGGAAGCCUAUGCUGCUCGACAAGCUAAAUACAAUAAAAUGCUUGGAUUAUCUGUAUUGUUUUUGCUUUCAGCCAUGGGUUUUUGUUCAAUGAAUGGUACAUUCGAAUUUUUGUCACCACCACCACGUAAAGUUAAUAUUCCAUUGGAUAAACUUCAAUGAUUGGAUAUUCGAAAUGUGGCCGAUCAUCGAUCACAUGAUCACAUUAGUUUCAAAUUGUGUAUAAUUAUUGAAUGAA